AUGGACAGCGGCAAAAAGCGCGCUCUGUCGCCUUCAGCCGUCACCUUGGCUAAGAAGCAGAAGCUCGACGGGGAUGCCAAUGACAACCGUAUAAUUCGAGAGGCUAUGGCUCGGAUCCGUGCCCGGCAUCGUUCUGAGACUGAGCGCGACGAUAUCUACAAGUCCAACGCAACGGACUCCCCUCUACUCCGCCUCCCGGGUGAGAUCAGGAACAUGAUCUUCGGUUGGGUCUUCCGCGGUGUCGAGUACGGUCUUAGCGACGCAUAUUGGACGCAUGACAGCGUUGUCCGUAUGCAGAUCGAGAACACGUCCGGUUCCCACGCACUCCACGAUGUGAAACUACUUCUUGUUUGUCGUCAGGUUCACGCUGAGACGGCUUUGCUUCCAUACAAUCUUGGAUCAUUUGGUAUCCGGGGCGAGGACGAGUCCUGGGAAUAUUAUGAAUGGCUGCACGCACUUGAAAAAUUCCUGAAGAGGAGGACAGAGGAGCAAAUUGGCGCAAUCUCACGUUUGAAAUUCGAUGAAUAUCGGGAUGGCGCAUCUCAAUUUCCCGAGCUGAUGGAGGAGACUGGGGCGUUCUGGGUCGCGAACUUGGCGGAGGCCUGGAAACACAAGCUGCUUUUGAGGCUCAACGCUUCUCUGGCGGCCUAA